AUGGUAGACGACACAAAAUCAGUCAGGCGAUUCCCUAGAAUCAAGGAAAUUCGUACCUUUAUUCCGUCAGGACCUGGUAUGGGUGAUUACCACGAUGUCGAGAGAGGACACUGGCUAAUUGACGAUAAAUUUUCCACACCAAUGUCAAAGUACCCUGAUUACAGGAAAUCUCGGGUUGAUUGGGGUAUCAAUGUAUUGGGAUCAUUUUUUGUGGAGAUUGAGGCUGAUGAUGGAACAGUUGGAUUUGCAACUGGAUUUGGUGGUCCUCCAGCUUGUUGGUUGGUGAAAAAUCAUUUUGAACGAUUUCUUAUCGGAGCAGACCCUAGAAAUACCAAUAAACUAUGGGAUCAAAUGUUCAAAUCGAGCAUGUAUUAUGGUAGAAAGGGUCUUCCAGUUGCUGUGAUCUCUGUUAUUGAUCUUGCAUUGUGGGAUUUAUUAGGAAAGAUCAGAAAUGAGCCAGUUUAUCAAAUGAUUGGAGGUUGUGUCUUGGAUAAACUUAAAUUUUACUGUACUGGAUGUGAUCCAGCUGCUGCAAAGGAGCUUGGUUUCUGGGGUGGUAAAGUCCCUCUUCCCUAUGGACCUGAUGAGGGUCAUGAAGGAUUGAAGCUCAAUGUUGAAUUUCUCCGCAAGCACAGAGAGGCAGUAGGACCAGAUUUCCCGCUUAUGGUGGACUGUUGGAUGUCGCUUAAUGUGCCUUACUUGAUUGAUCUGGUUAAUGCUACUAGAGAUCUCAAUAUCAACUGGUGGGAAGAAACUCUUCACCCUGAUGACUAUGAUGGAUAUGCUCAGCUUAAACGAGCUCUGCCAUUUAUUAAACUGACUACUGGUGAACAUGAAUAUACAAAGUAUGGCUUCAGAAAGCUGAUUGAAGGACGAAAUGUUGAUAUUCUUCAACCGGAUGUCAUGUGGGUAGGUGGAUUAACUGAGCUUCUGAGAGUCAAUGCUCAGGCUCAAGCUUAUGACAUUCCUGUGGUUCCUCAUGCAUCUGGACCAUAUUCUUAUCAUUUCAUGUUUUCUCAACCGAACACUCCAUUCCAAGAAUACCUUGCUAGUUCGCCAGAUUCAAAGACUAUUUUGCCUGUCUUUGGAAACCUGUUUGUUAAUGAACCAAUGCCACAUGGAGGGUACAUGGAUAUCAGCGCUCUUGACAAGCCAGGUUUCGGUUUGGAACUGAACCCUGCCGCUAAUCUAAUUCCUGCUGAUUUCAUUUUAACUCCUGCUCCUGCCAAGCCACUUUCAAAUGGAACUAAUGGACAUGUUCAAAAGUCCAUUACAAACGGAAAAUCCGCUGAGUUGGCACACAUUGAGCUCAAUGGAAAUGCAGCAGUCAUCAAUGGACAUGCCAAGUAA